UUAGUGUUUAAAGCAAGUUUCCUAAUUGACACACAUGAUUUUGUCCCAAGGAGAAGACUCUUAAAAUCAGGCCAUUAUUUUUUACUGUGAUGCGAGUAAAUAUACAUAUAGUUGAAUAAGCCAUGCAAGGUAUCAAUCUCAGCCGCACAGCAUGUUCUCAGCUGUUACAGAUCGCCAGGCAGAAGGUUGUCCUGCGACAAAUGGGGAAAUUUGCAAUGGUGGAAAGGGUGCGCAGUAUAAAUCUGCACCGAGAAGAUAGGGAACCCCGCUUACGAAGCAGACACUAUAUUUAUAGAAAUAUAGAAAACCCCAACCCUCCUCCCACAGAGAUAGAAGUCCUGCUCAUUGAUAAUGUAGAUGGACUUGGAAUUAUGGGAGAUAUUGUGAAAGUUCCCAAGAAGUUGUGGAGAAAUUUUCUCUGUCAAGCUCGCUUAGCCACAUAUCCUACUCCAGAAAACAUUGUAGAAUUAAGUAAAGAAAUUAAGACAAUGGGAGAUAAUAUGGCAAUUCUGAAGAAGUUAGGAAAGUAUAGUCGUAUGACUCUCCAGAAAAUACGAGGACUCCACCUUCCUGUGGAGUUGUUGCCGAGCCCUGAUGGCUGGACUCUCACCAAGGCCCACCUCAAAGUCGCUCUUCGCAAAGUGGGAAUUUUUGCAUCAGAAGACUCCAUCACAUUGCCUGAGGACCCACACAUCAAGACGCCCGGAGAGUUUGUUUUCACUCUGACUAUGAACGAGGCGGUUCCCCUGAAGAUCCGUGCUACCCUGGUGGAGACUCCGCUGGUCUUCACUGAGGAGACGGUCGUGGACAAGAUACAGGUGUGGGGGAACCCCCCAGUCACCCCCGAUGAGGAGUUGGAUCCAGCCAUCCGGAAGUUCAUCACAACCCCACCCAUAGAUCUAGACGCUUCCAUGAAGACACCAUCUAGGAGAAAGGAAAAGAACUAUAUCAAAUACUAAGAGACAGUUCAGUUCACAGGAUAGGCAGGAGAUGGCAGUUGUUGUAAAAGAAAGCACAUUCUUCUACACUGUUUGGGUUUUUAAACGAAUAUUCACAAAUCUUUCCAUCUUAAUCAAGUGUUCAGCUUUGAUAUUCCAAGAGAGUUGUAUACUUUAUGUAAAAUGAAUUUCCAAGAUAUCUGAGACAGGUAAUUUAUAUUAGCAAUUAAAUGGGAUAAAGUAGAAUUGAUUCUUUAUACUUCUGGUGAAAUUAAUAUUAAAAUCUUUAUUCCAAAAGGCUUUGUCAAGGUCCAAGUAUGAAGUCCAAACUUUUGGUGAUGACAUUGCCUAUAAAAUGAAAUGUUAUUUUUCUACACUUUACACAGAUUUCAUUUUUUGGCAGAUAUUCAGUAUAUUCUUUAAAUUACACAUGUUAUGAUCAAUUAAUUUUUAAAAGAAGGAUAUUGAGCCCAAUAGCACUGAGAUUUUUUCAUCAAAACCAACAAAAGAGCUUAGAAAAAAUAUUUCCAAAAAGCUUUAGCAAAGAAGUGCACUACAAUUUACAUUCAGUUUUUCAUUGAAUUUAUACUUGAAGAUACAUGGGUUAAGUAUAACUGUCACUGAGGUACACAAACGUGACAUUUAUCAUUAUCCCACACUGCUCAAUACACAAAAGUAACUCGGGUUAUACAGGUGCAUGUUUACUAAGUGGCAAGGCAACUUUAUAUUCCUUGUAUCUCCAAAGAUCUGCUGUGGUCUGGCUGUCAAAGUAGUCUGUAAAUAGAGACAAGUAAAUUAAAGUAGAAAAACAAGGAUUUGAUUUUUUUUUUAAAUCCCAUCCUAUUAACAAUGGGGAAUACCCUAGACUAAAUUUCACACGCAAUUUCAUGAAAUCAAAUUUGUCUGAGGAUCUUGAGAAGGAAUUAACAUGAUAUGCCUGUAUUUUCAUCAGGCACGAAGCUUUAUUUUCCAAGGUGGGAGAAAAGAUCGACAGACCUUUGCCCAUUGACUUAAGGAGGCUGAGUGGUCAUCAAAUUAUCCAUCAAAUCGCCCUUAACUUUAAAAUGUGAUAAUUUUGGCCGUAAAGUAAAAUUUAGUAUAAAUGGCCGCGACCAUCCAACCCUUUUGAUAGUCGCUACUUAUGACAGUCGUGAAUCAUGAGUAUCAUGACCAAAAUUUCAGCUUCAAUAUGCACUUGUAUACCUCCUUGAAGCCCUAUCUUACAACAAGGAAGUCAUUGACUGGUAAUUGCUCCCUCUCUCUUUUUAACACCAAGUACAUUGUAAUAUCCAUUUCAUAUUUUAAAAAAGGUUAUAGUUGAAUAAAAGCAUAUGUAUAAAG